GGCAUGUACGAGUUUGCGUUCCAGAUCGUGCUCCCCGGAUACCUGUGCGAGACCAUGUACACGGAACACAGGCAGGUAUCGUACCAAAUCAAGGCGUCGCUGACAACAUCUGCAUUGGCGGCCACCAAGCGGUCCGCAAUCAAAGAGAUCGCAAUCAAGCGGGUGCCAUACUAUGGUGCUGUGUGGGAGUCGCUGACCAACGACAUCAUAAAUGUGACAGCGGUCUGGCGGAACCGCAUCGAGAUGUGUGCGCUCGGGUGCAGCCGGGUGCAAAAGGACGACCAAGCGCUGCGCGUCAAGGGCGUAAUCCGCGCCUUGGAGAAGGGGUAUCGGCUGACAAAGGUCGGGUUUAUUCUGGAGGAGCGGACGCGGACCCGAGUCAAUGGCGGGUUCAAGUGCACGUCGAACAUUGCGUCGUUCCGGUACCUGAAGUCGAGUGAGGGGCUGGACGGGUGGUUUGGCGGGCUGAUCAUCGACCAGAUGGCGUUCGACAUGGAGCUCCAGAUCCCCAAGGCGUACCGCAAGAUCCAGUAUGACAUCAAACACGGGCCGGUCACUGUGAGCCAUCGGCUGGCGUUCGUGGUGGCGAUCGUCGAUGCCAUGGGGCACGGCACAAAUCUGCGCCUGUUCACGCCGCUCCACAUCAUGCCAAACGACAUGGCCAGCUACGAUUUACCAUCCUAUGGCAGCUCGUUUGCUGACCGGAUCCUGCUGAAGGCAGAGGAGUGCCAGGAGGCCUACCAUGAGAUCGAAGAAGAGGAGCAGAUCCAUGUCGACCCGUUGCCACAAAUAGCCGACACACUUUCAUCUUUCGACUCGUCUCUGUACUUGACUGUAUGAUCUUGCAC